AUGGACAAUCGUGAUAAUGUGAUUGAAGCAUUCGUGAACGAAACGCGCACUCCGCACAGUACUGCAUUUGCUUUUCAUGAUGGGCAGCAAUGGGAUUAUGACAAAUCACUACAAUAUUAUUAUGAUUGGGAAAAGAAAGACGAUAUAGUGCCGCAGAUUUGUGCUUCUAAUUCUUCUGAUAAAAUAGAUGACUCGGAUGUGGAGGAGAGCAGAGAGUAUGAGGAAACCCUGUGCUGGCCAUCUUACGCCUUUGUGCUACCAAAUUUAUUUGAACAGCCAGCUGAUUUUAGAAAUUAUUUAGAAAAAGAUUUGAUUGAAACAUCAACUCUUAAACGGCUUGAAAAUUCUGGCCAUUUGAAUUGGUGGUGUUGGAAUGGUAGUGGACAACGGAUGUGGCCUUUGAGUACUACCGGUGACGGUAAUUGUCUUCUGCAUGCGGCAUCGCUUGGUAUGUGGGGUAUUCAUGAUAGACAGUUGAUGUUACGAAAGAUUUUAUAUGAGAUGCUGACGAGAGGAAGUAGACGCCAUGUACUUUGGCGACGUUGGCGUUGGGCGGAAAGUCAAUCAAAUUUGCAGUCAGGCCUUGUUUUAACAGAUGAAGAGUGGCAGUGUGAAUGGGACAAUGUUCUCCACAUGGCCGCAGCAGUUCCGAGAACUUUUACUACUUCAGAAGAUAACGAAGCUGAGAAGAAUAAUAGUACUGAACAAAUUUAUGAAAGUUUGGAGUCGAUUCAUGUAUUUGCACUUGCUCAUAUUCUCAAACGUCCAAUAAUUGUUGUGUCGGAUACAGUGCUUCGCAAUGCUAUCGGUGAAGAACUUUCGCCAAUUCCAUUUGGCGGGAUUUAUUUACCUUUGGAAUGUCCUUCGAAUCAAUGCCAUCGUUCACCACUUGUUCUUUGUUAUGAUUCAGCUCAUUUUUCAGCUCUAGUUACAAUGCGUCACACACCAUCUAACUCUCUGCAAUCCAUCAUUCCAAUUACUGAUAGAAACCGUAUUCUGCUUCCUUUGCAUUUUUCUGUUGACCCAGGACCGGACUUCUCUUGGUGGAAAGAUUCCGAAGAUGCUGAAAUAGCAGCACGAAUCCAACUGACCGAAGCUGAUAGACUUUCGCUUAUUUGUGAAUAUAUGGAUAUUGUUAAGAUUCCAGUUCGCCGAUACUCAUUCCGACACAACUUGACUGGAAUCGGAUUGGUAAGCGGUGAGGAUGGGAGGAAGUCGAUGACAUUAUCAUGUGGCGAUGUCUUCAUUACUAAAGAUCAUUCCUCCAGGUUACUGAGUGAAAUAGCACAACAAAUCAAAAAACGGCUAAAAAUAGGACGCAGAAAAAAGAACCAGCUAAUUGAUGCAGAACAGGUUACAGUGUCAGAUUUGCGGUGUACGAAUCUUGUUAUAGCUGCACGCUUACAUUCCCAUGCCCAUCAGUAUAUGGAACAUAUGGUAGAUAAUUAUUUGUGUUUAGCGAAAGAACGUUUCGAGCAAUCGAAAAAUGCUCCUGGAACAAUUUCGCGUCAGCGUGCCAGACUAUCGCACUCUUUUAGUACAUCGUCGUUGCUAGUCACUUGUAUCAAUAAACAAUGUCAGAAGAGCGCCUCGCAGUCAACGAAUUUCUUAUGCAACGAUUGCUUUGAGUAUCAAAAGCAGUUGAUGGCCUCGUUUGGAUGCUCACAACCGGGACAUUUGCGCUCGCUUCGUUCGUGCCUUUCAACCGCCCUUCAAAAUUCAUCCAAUUCAUCACCUCCAACAGGUUCUAUUACAUCUGAUACGAUGCCAUCUAUUACGAUAUCAUCAAGAACUGCUUCUCAUACUGAUGGCAGAGGACGCAUGAAUGCUCGGAAUACAUUAGGUCAUACUUCGAAUUCAGUUGCGGCCGGUGGCAUCAUGCAAGCAUUGCGGUCUCAUGUUCCUAACUCAGAACAUUAUUGCGAACAUACAUCUACUGGUUGUGAAGGAAUUGUUCAUACGGUAGCUGUUCAUUACUCACAUGCUCCAACCGAAGAUGUUACUACCAAAGUUGCAUCUAUAGAAGGAGCAAAUGGAGUAACUCAUUACUAUAUUUCACAGUAA